AUGGAUGGAGUAGCAACAGACCCCUCUAAGGUGGAAGCUAUGAUGAAUUGGCCUAUUCCCAAGAACCUCAAUUGGUUGCGAGGAUUUUUGGGGUUAACAGGAUACUAUAGAAGAUUCGUGAAAGAUUAUGGAUCAAUCAGCAAGCCCUUGACCAAUCUAUUGAAAAAGAAUCUAUUCCAGUGGAGUGUAGAAGCUGAAAGAGCUUUCAACAAAUUGAAAGAAGCAAUGAGCAUUGUACCAGUACUGGCCAUGCUAGACCACAAGAAAACUUUUGUCAUUGAAACUGAUGCUAGUAACCAUGGCAUAAGUGCUGUUCUUACCCAAGAGAAUAGACCCCUAGCAUAUUAUAGCAAGGCAUUAGCCCCAAGACACAUGGGCAAGUCAGUGCAUGAGAAAGAGUAUAUGGCUGUAUUAGCAAAGAAUCGACAAGUGGAGACAUUAUGUGCAAAGUGGUCAUUUCAUCAUAAAGACUGA